AUGGUUAAAACUAAUUAUCUUAUUUCAGUGAAACGGUUAUUACAGAGAAAUUUAGUAAUGUUAUUACCACAUGGAAUGGAUGGAGCAGGGCCUGAACGCUCAUCCUGUAAAAUUGAAAGGUUUCUACAGAGUCAUUUAGUGAUCUUACCACAUGGCAUGGAAGGAGCAGGAUGUAAAUUGAAAGGUAAUGUAAAGGUUUGUAAAAAGGUAUUACAGAGUGAGUUAGUGAUUUUAUUACCACAAAGUAUGGAUGGAGCAGACCUGAACACUUAUCAUGCAACAGACAGUAGUGAACACAAAGUAGACGGAGACAAUGUCAACCUUCAAGUUGUCAACGCUACAACUCCCGCUCAAUACUUCCAUCUUCUCAGACGUCAGGUGGUUCGGAACUUCAGAACACCUUUGGUGCUGGUAGCUCCUAAAACAAUCUUACGUUUACCUGCAGGUACCUCUACCUUAGAUGAUAUGUUACCUGGAAAAACAUUCUUACCAGUGAUUGGUGAUAAGAACGUUAAAGGUGACGAGGUCAAAAAGAUCAUUUUCUUUAGCGGAAAACAUUUCUAUACAUUGGAAAAGGAAAGGGAUGCCAAGAAGUUAGAAGAUGUAGCACUUGUUAGAAUAGAGAGUCUAUGUCCAUUCCCAGCAGGAGAAAUUCAACAAGAAGUAACCAAAUAUCCUAAUGCUACAGAUUUCCUUUGGAGUCAAGAAGAACACAGGAAUAUGGGAGCAUGGACAUUUGUCUCUCCAAGGUUCAAUAAUUUAGUUGGAUGCCAGUUACGGUAUGUUGGAAGAUAUCAUUUAGGUUCUCCUGCUACAGGUAUUGGUGAAGUACAUAGACAAGAAAGUAUACAAAUCAUCGAGGAUACCUUCAGCUAAAGAACAAUUAUCAUGUGUACAGAUUAUGUUCAGCAUUAAUGUAUAUUACGGA